AUGUCCCAAGCUCAAGUCGCAUACAUCUCGCCACCACCUCGGAGCCAGGACAAAAUGAUGCCUUCGCAAGAUUACCCCGUUGCCUUUCCUAUGUUUCAACCGGGACAAACCUCCUUCCCCGAAUCUUUGGCUCCUUCAUUUGCUGAAUUGGGAAGCUUUUGGUCCCCUACUCCUCAUGGCAUGCUACCUAAUCCGCCAUUCGACGGGACACAGACAUCCGACCUCAUGGGGAUGAACAACGAUCCACUCUGGACCUGUGAAGGCUUCCUUCCAAAUGCUGUUCCCAAUAGUCUGCCACUGUUGCCGAAGGAGGAACCCAUCCCUUUCAACCUUGGGAUGCCAACCGCUUCUUAUAUCGAAUCUUCGCCUUCGAUCGAACCAAUCGAAAUGAAACCGUUGACAGAGGACACCACCCCUCAGUUCCAACCGCAAUGUCUUGAUCCUGCUGCUGCCCCCGAAGCUACUACCGAUAUCAGUCUCCGCAGCCGACGGAACUCAGCGCCGGAGCUCAACGCGCAAGAUCUAGCCCAGGUGCAGCAGCGACAGCUCAAACAUGCCAGUCGAAGGGCAUCCCACAACAUCGUCGAGAAACGAUACCGAAUCAACCUCAACUCCAAGUUCCGGAAACUGGAGGAAGUCGUCCUCAAGGGAACCGAGCCGUAUUCCUCUUCGACGACGAAAAACUCUACCCUCUCCACGCGACGACAGCAGUCCCCCAAGGCGUCGAUCAUCGACAGUGCCCUGAACUACAUCGAGAGCCUUCAGAGCGAGGUGAACGUCUUGAAGUCCAAGGUUGAGUUCUUCGAGAACCCUUGUUUCGCUCACAAUGAAGGAGGUGGAAAUUGCCGAUCUGGUGCAGAAAAGUAA